AUGGCCUCUUUGGACCUGCCUUACCGCUGUCCUCGCUGCGGGGAGCACAAGCGCUUUCGAAGCCUCUCGUCCCUUCGCGCUCACCUGGAGUACAAUCACACCUAUGAGACUCUCUACGUCCUGUCAAAGUCCAACAGUGUGUGUGACGCUGCUGCUCUGCUGCCCCUUGUGGCCGAAGGUGCUCUCAUCACCCCAAACAACAAUGACCCAUUUGAGCCCCUGAGACCCUCAGCCCUGAAGGAGAGACAUUUUCCAUGUCGUGAACUUCCCUGUGCAGACGACCUCAGUCUAACUCCUGCUCACUCUAACAGUUCAACUCGCUAUAUACCCAAUGUGGAGUUCCCCCUGGGAGAAAUUUUUAUGAAGCAAGCCAUGGCAUCCACAGACCCUGGUCCUCACGGUAACCCCAGCACGGCUGUAGCAGUAGCCGCAAAUGUGGCAGCCAGUGCUGUAGAGGCUGCUUAUGAAGAGGGACUGGCCAGGCUGAAAGCACGAGCCUUUGAGAGGCUGGAAUUGGAUGAAAGACUGGAAAAACUCUCUGAAGAGGUGGAGCAGAAAAUAGCAGCUCGGGUUGGUCGCCUGCAGGCUGAGCUGGAGAGGAAGAGCUCAGAGCUGGAGCGGGCCAAACAGGAGAGUGAUCGUCUGAGCCAGGAGAAGCAGGACCUGGAGGACAAAGCCACAGAGCUGUCCCGCCAGGUGGACGUGUCUGUGGAGAUGUUAGCCAACCUCAAGCAGGAUCUGGUCAGCAAAGAGACUGAGCUCACUCACAAACAGCAGUAA